CUCAUAACAUACAAUGAUUUUAUCAUUGGAACGAGGUCGUUUUGGACCAUCAAUUUUGUUGAGUGAAGUCUUUGGUGAACACUUUGUAAAUUGUUCGCUGCUCCGCGAGCAACAGCAGAAGAACGGCUAUGGCGACCGAACUCGAAGAACUAAUAGACUUCCUCUCUGCCCCCUCUCCUCCAGUGAAGAAGGCGGCUGUUGAUAUUGUGCGGGGAUUAACAGGGUCUGAGGAUGGGUUGCACUCCCUUUCCAAUUAUGCCAGCACUGUGCUUCCAUCUUUAUCUCGGCUUUUGAGUGAGGAAAAGGAAGUUUCAGAACCAGCUGCUGAAGCUCUCGUGAAUCUGUCGCAAAAUGCGGAACUGGCUGCUAAGAUGGUCGAAAUGGGGAUGAUUAAAGUAGCCAUGGAUUUGUUGUAUAAGCCAGGCUCUAGCAUUAUGCGGUUGCUGGUUAUGCUCCUAGUUAACCUAACACAGUUGGAUGAUGGUAUUUCUUCCUUGCUUCAGAUUGGAGAUGAGAAGAUGCAAGGACUUUAUAUAAUGAAGCUUGUGAGAUCAUUCUGUAGAUCCAGUGAAUCUGAUGAUCCUUAUGAUCAUGUUGGUUCCAUACUUGUAAACAUCUCAAAGAAAGAAGCGGGGAGGAAAAUGUUAUUGGAUCCCAAGCGUGGCUUGUUAAAGCAGAUUAUUAGACAGUUUGAUUCAUCUAGUCCAUUGAGAAAAAAAGGGGUUUCUGGAACUAUUAGGAACUGCUGCUUUGAAGCAGAGAAUCAACUACAGAAUCUGCUCUUGAUAUCAGAGUUUCUUUGGCCAGCUCUGCUUCUGCCAGUUGCUGGAAACAAGAUAUAUGGUGAACAAGACACAUCAAAAAUGCCACUUGAGCUUGGAAGUGCACUCUCAAUUGAGCGUGAACCAGUUAAGGAUCCUGAGAUUCGUGUUCAAGCACUGGAGGCUAUUUACUUGAUUGUUUUACAGGAAGCGGGUCGAAGAGCCUUUUGGUCUGUCAAUGGACCAAGAAUAUUACAGGUGGGGUAUGAAGAUGAAGAAGAUCCAAAAGUAAUGGAAGCAUACGAGCAAAUCGGUUCCUUGGUUGUUCAUGGCAAUGGGACAGAAGAACCAUCAACAACUACAUCAAAAUAGCUUUUUACUUGUAUGUUCGUGGAGGUUCUUGUAUCUGCAGCUACAGGUCAUGACUGACUGUUUUUCUGCGGAAAUGCCCUUGUUUAAGCUCAAAAGACAUCAGAGAUCAAGCUUCAAUUACAGAAGUAUUAUGAUAAUAUGAUCAAGUAUUGAAGAUAUGUUGUUGUUUAAGGUAUAAAUUAUUGCAUAGUCUUUGAUUGAACUAUUGUCUCUACUUAUAAAUCUUGUGUUUCAAUUAAAAUUAAGGCAUCAUUCAAUUUUCAAUGGAGAAUUUUGUCCUCUAAUCAUAGAUCUUAAUUGCAGUAGAGGGGGUGAAUGAUU